CAAGCCGAGUGGUUCGAAUAUUUCGUAUUAACAAAAAAAAAUUAUUUUGGAAAAAUUCAGUCAAUCGCAUUAAGGCAAUAGUGAAAAAGAAGUUCUAAAUCUAGUUAAAAACCAGUCAAAUAUCAAGCCACUCUCGAUCUUGGUUAGCUCCUUGGUGAAUUUCCUUUGAUUCAAAACGAAGAACAAGACGAUGAGCCGUCGUAAGCGCCAGGACUCCUCUGACGAGGAUGAAUUUCGCCUGAAGAGAACUUUCCAGACAAUGUUGUCGACCGUGGAUCAGCUGAUGAGAGAACUUAGUUUUGCGUGCGGCACUCCGCUCGAACUGAAGCUGGUGAACCUGGGGAAUCUGUUAGCCAAAGGAGUAAGAGUCGAGCUGAAGAAGCACCUCGUAAGCGUGCUGGUAAACAGUUUGGGCAAAUAUCCCGGACAGGCCAGUGCCUAUGCCACACUUGUGGGCCUAAUUAAUGUCGCAGACUUUGAAUUCGCCUCCGAAUGCGUGUUGUUCAUGGUGCAGAAGGUGGGAGAGUCCGUGCACACUCGCGAUUGGAACAAGUGCCGUGGAGUGGUCCACUGCCUGGUGGACCUGUAUAACUGCCGGGUGAUCCCGUCGUCCUAUAUUCUGAAUUUGCUCGCAGCCUUCAUGAAGGACUGCGAGGCUCUGAAGGAUCCGGACGAUCUGGUGGGCAUCACACCGCAGGUACGACGCGAUUUCCUUGCCUACUGUGUACUAUCCGCCAUGCCCCUUAUUGGGCGCGAAUUGGAGGGGGAGGCGGCGUUUGAAAAGCUGAUGGUCUCACUCCAGAUUUACAUCAAGAAGCGGUCCGCUCUGCACAGCACCAUGUUUAGUGUGUGGCGGGAUUUCAAUCAGAGGGACUACCUGGAGGUGAUGUGGCAGCAGGUGGACGGAAUGAGGCAGAACCAUUGGGCCGAACCGGAGCACCAGUUGAUCCCCCGACCUUACAAGUCCUUCGACGAGACCUUGAGGCACGGCAAGGUGCAUCACCUAAAGAAUUAUUGUUUGUCCGCCCAUGAGAAGGGAUGUCGGUAUCCGGCGCCGCGAGUAUGCUUUCGCAUCUUUUCCUGCGACUCAGUCGGCGAGAUCCCUAAUUUGCCCCCGCCGGUGAGCAUCGAAAGGCAUCUGUUGGAGGCCCAAAUUCUGGACAUGCUGAUCUCCUUUCAUAAUGAGAGAAAAAUCUGUGCCGAUAGCCUCUUGAUGUACGCCGCCUCCAAGCCCCAGUUGCCGGUCUAUUACUGCAUUGUGGAGGUGAUCUUGGGCGAGAUGCUGCGGCUGCCCACCGCCAAGUGGACCUCCAUUACCUACGGAUCCCUUCUGGUGGAGCUGUGCAAGCGCCAACCCGACAAGAUACCCCAGGUGGUGGUCCAGGCCUUGGACAUCAUCUACAAUCGACUGAACUCCAUGAGCGUGGCUUGCUUCGACCGCCUGGUCAACUGGGUGUCGCAUCACAUCAGCAACUUCGGGUUUAACUGCCAGUGGAGCAAGUGGGCUCACAGUCUUCCAUCGCCAAUCGAUCCGAGUGCCACCAAUCUGCAGCCAAAGGUUAUUUUCCUAAGGGAAUUGCUCAAGAAGUGCUUGAGACUCUCGUACCACCAAAGAAUUAAAGAGGUAGUGCCGGAUAUCCUGGCCAAUUUUCUUCCGCCUCCGGUACUUCCGCACUUCAACCUUGUCGAUGAAACCCUUCCUGGUGCCAUUUUGUCCAAGGAUCUGCUGGAGGCGAUGCGCUGCCCGAGAGCCAGCCCCGAAAUUAUCUCUGAAAUUAUUAAGUCCAGCACGGGAAACGGUCCGCUCAAGAUUAACGUGUUCACCCAGAACUGCCUUCAUCUCGGAUCUAAAUCAUUUAGCCACACUUUCGCGAUACUCGCGAAAUACCAAUCUGUCUUCAAGGAUUUGGUUGAAGGAGAUUGGAAGGGGCAGAUCGCGGUCUUGAACGGAGUCUUUGAUGUGUGGGUCGCCAGCGAUCACUACAAAUUUGUGGUGGCCGAAAAGCUGGUCAAGGUGUUCAUAAUUGAACCCAUUAACAUAGUAAUCUGGAUCUUCGGCCCAUCGAUGCGUAAGGAGCUCACCAAGAUGUACAUUUGGGAGCUGCUUCACUCCACUGUUCGCCACCUGAAGCGUGUCCAACAUGAUGUUGAAGUCGUGGAUGUCGAUAAUCCGAGUGCGUGCGAUCCUGUAGUCAAAAGAGUCCUGUACACCGUUGUGGAGCGUUUAGUGAAGAUCCUUUGCAGUGCUCCGUUUGCUGGCGAGGGAACAGAGGAGCACUACUGGUUCCAGUGGGUUCUGGGCAGGCUGGAGGAGACGCUCUUCAUCUAUGCGGAUGACUUCAAGGUGAUCAAGAACAAGUUGAUGAAAAUAUCUGAGAAGUCAUCAGAUAACAGGCCUGAAGUCUCAAAAACUAUCGAGGCUUUUGUGGCUUGCGUCUUGUAACUUCUGUUGGAGAUUUCAUUUCAUUCACACCAACUGCUGAUUUAAUUAUUCUGACUCCAAAAAAAAUGUGAACACAAAAAAUGUUUGAAUGGUCACCAACAUUAUACAAUUUUAAUAAUUGUUUAUUACUUUUGGAGCGAAAGUCUGGAAAUAUUUUAAUAAAGA